ACAAACACAUAUAUAAGUUAGGAUCUAUUACAACCUUUUUUUUAGAGCGAAUGGCGAGAGCGAGAGAGAGUGCUGGUUUUCGAGCGUGGUUUUCGAUAGCCAGGGACAGUGGCAAGGGCUUCGGGCGGCAGCUUCCAGGUUAUGGCAGGCAAUUUAUGGGGCAGGUAACUACAUAUUUUUUCUAUGAUUUGCCGGAAAAUCGCACUGCAAAGGAUUUGUGGUAUAGUUUUUGGUCAUAUAGAAAAGUAGUAGAUGUGUAUAUUCCGGCCAGAAGGGACAAGAGAGGCCGUAGGUUUGCUUUUGUUCGUAUGUGCGAGAUUUCUAAUGUAUUCGACAUGGAGAGAAAGUUGAACCAUAUAUGCAUUGAUUCUUAUCGUCUCAAGGUCAAGUUGGCAGACAACGUGAAAAGAGGGAAAGAGGUGCAAUUGGGGGGAAAGAACAAACAGCAGGAGAAACAAUGGUUUAGAGUAGAUAGAAAGGUUAGUCCUGGGGUCAUUUAUGCUCAGAAGGGAUCAAUGGCAAUUGAGAUUGUGCGGGAUAAGGAGGAUGUCCUGUUGUUAGACGCAGAUGUGGUGCCAGUGAACAUAGCUGAUAGGGUGGUUGAGCCAUCGACAGAAAAGGAUACUGAAGUGGUGAGGUUGCACUCCAGUCCUCAUUUGGUUUUACAGUUUUCUCCUACAGAGGAGGAGGUUGCUUGGUUGAAAAAAAGCAUGGUUGCCGUGGUUCGAUUGUUAGAUAUGGUAAUGACAAUCCAGAAUAGGUUUGAUGUUAAUGGAUUAAUGGUGAAUGUGGUUUUGUUAGGAGGUAAACAAGUUUUAUUAGUGGAUAAAACAGAGGGAUGUCUUGAGGAGUUUUUCAAGUGUAAUAGUGAUUUGGUAGAGUCAUGGUUCGAAUGGAUACACACAACUUCUCUAUCGACUAUGCCUUCAAGAAGUAGAAUGGUAUGGCUUAGAUUUGCUGGCGUUCCAUUGAAAGCAUGCAAUGAGAGAUGUUUCACAGGGUUAGGAGCUUUAUUGGGAGAGGUGAUACUCGUUGAUGAAGACACGAAGAGCAAAUCAUUUUUAAGUGAAGGAAGAAUGGAGGAUGGAUCCGGACUGGUGGUUGGUCAGGGAACGAUGAAAUCCGGCAAGCUCGGAAUCAGAAAUCGUCUGAUUCGAAGGGAAUUAGAGCUGGAGGAAGUGAGAAGGUUGUUUGAAUUGGGGAAAAGAUUGAGUAUUGAAUGUCAAAAUAAUCAGGAUGAAGUGAUGUCCAGGCUCGUAUCGUUAGAGGAAAGGGAUACAGCCGGUUUCGAGAAGGCCUGAAGCUGGGGGCGGUGUUUAUGCUGAUGAGUGUGGGUAUGUAUUUUCUAUUAUGAAGUUGAUUUCUUUUAAUGUUAGGGGUCUAGGUAAUUUGUUAAAAAGGAAGGAGGUUCUUCGGUUGGUUGGGAAGGAGAAUCCUGAUUUUUUGUUUCUUCAAGAAACGAAAUUGGAAGAGGUUGAGGCUUCGAUGUGUAAAACCUUAUGGAAUUCAGAAGAUUUUGAUUGGGUAAUGCAGAAAUCAGUGGCUAGUUCAGGAGGCUUGUUGUGCAUAUGGAAUAAGAACAGUUUUGCUAGAUAGGGUGUGAUAGAGGGUAGUGGUUUCAUUGGGAUAUCUGGUGAAUGAGGUCAUGAGAAGCUAAAGUGCAACUUUGUCAAUGUGUAUGCUCCCUGUGAUAGACAG